AUGGAGCCGCCGCGUUCGCCUGCUCGCUUCACCGUCCGCGGGAAGAUGCUGAACAUGAUAUUCCAAGCGGCGUCCGACGGAGAUAUCCCCCGCUUCAAGAGUCUGCUGGUGAGGCUGGACAGCGGCAGGGGUCGCCUCAAGGAGACGGUAGAGGCGCUGAGGGUGAAAGAUGCCGGGUUGCUGGAGGGUCUCGGGGCACUGCACGUUGCUGCCUGCAGAGAGCGGUUGGAAGUGUGCAGGUACCUCAUCGAGGAGCUGCAGGUUGACGUGAACGGCGUCGACAAGGGAGGAAAUGGUGAAGCUGUUAAACUAUUGCUUGCUAAAGGAGCCUAUGUUGACCCGGUAGCUUCUUGUGGGACACCACUUCAUUGCGCUGCUAGUAAAGGGCAUGAUGACAUCAUGAAGAUUUUAUUGGGCCACAAUGCAGAUUGCAACAAAUUGGUAAAUGGUAAGUCACCUCUUAAUACAGCUACAGAUGCUAAUUCAAAGAACUGCAUGCUUCUCCUGCUUAAGGCUGGUGCUGAUCGCAAGGGAGCAGCAGCCUAUGCUGCAGAGAAACUUCAGUCUGAAAAAGUUGUUUCAACUGAGUUCGUCAAUUGCAUUAUGGGGGAUGUUGCUGCCAAUCGUAUUCUUCCUGAUGAUCUAAGUAUCUUGAUUAUUCAGGACGAGUCUGAGUCUAAAAGAAAAAUUAGAGUGUCUGGAUUUCAGAAACUUGCGAGUUUCUCUUUCAAGGGGGAGGAAUAUCAUUCUGCAGCGAUGUCCUACACUGUGGUAUACUAA